AAAUGUCUUUUCCAGAACCACAUAUUCAUCCUCCAACUACCACACACACACAUACAGUAAUCCUCCUCCACGGGCGCGGCAGCUUCGGCCCCGAACUCGCCGAAGAACUCUUUUCCUCCAAGACCACUAACAACCAAAACCUACCAACCACUCUUCCAAAUGUCCGCUGGAUCUUUCCAACAUCCCGCGAUCACUGGGAUACCAAGUUUGAGGAAGAUAUACCGGAGUGGUUCGAUGCAUAUUCGCUUACCAAUAUUGAGGAGAGACAAGAACUGCAGGUUGAGGGGUUGAAAGAGUCGGUGAAGUACGUGCUGGAGAUAUUGAAGAAGGAGAUUGAGUUGGUUGGGGAUGCUGGGAAGGUGUUUUUGGGUGGUAUGAGUAUGGGGAUGGCGGUUGUGAUGUGGGUAGUUGUUCACUAUCUUGCUUCCGCAGCAGGAAAGAGGAAGGCGUUAGGAGGGGUACUAGGAUUCAGUGGAUGGUUCCCGUUUGCUAGACAGAUCGAAGAGUUCUUUUCUACUACUGGAGCUGGGGGGCCUGAGUUCCAGCGAUUGAUCUUGUCUUUACUUGGUGAGCCUAUACCUGUCGGCGGGGAUCAAGAUAAAGAGACCAUAUCACCUGCGAGCAUCCCUAUAUGCCUCCUCCACGGGACAGACGAUGCCUUUGUCUCUGUUGAACUUGGUCGGCAAGCGGCUGGAGUCUUGCAGAAGAUGGGCGUGCCCGUUGAAUGGAAUGAGCAUACUGUAGCAGAGAAUGAAGGGCACUGGAUCAAAGAGUCGGAGGGGUUUGAUGAGAUUUUGAGGUUUCUACAGAGUCGUGGUGUGAAAUAAGCUUAUUGAUAUCCCUACGAAUUUAUGAUCAUG